AUGAGUCUUAAAGCCUUUCGCCCCGUGCUGGUCCUAGAGAAGCCACCCUCUGGCAAAGAAAAGGAUAAGAACAGCAUUCUCUGCCUGGAAGCCUGCGGCAGGAACCUUUACAUUGGAACUAAAGACUGCAUCGUCCAGCAUUUCGUCAUGUCAGACACCUAUGGGGAGAGAGCUGAGGGGACAAGCCUGGGAAUUCGGGAGGCACGGAAGAAGCAACUUGGGUCAAAGGGCGCGGUCUCCCAGCUGGGUGCCAUCCCGGUCCUAAAUCACCUCCUCAUGCUCUGCGACGGCUCCCUGUCCGUGCUCAACAUGUUCUCCCUCGAGCCCCUCCCCGCCCUCCGCAAGAUCCGAAACGUGUCCCUUUUCUGCUUGGGCAAGGCCGCUGACCCCGCCGACCCGGCCCACGUCACCCUCUUCACGGCAUCCAAUAGGAAGAGGGGUGUGAGCAUCCACACGGUGUCCGUGGACAGCUGGGAGUCGGUCAGCGAGGUGAUGCUGCCCCAGGAGCCAAUUGCGCUGGGUGGGGGCUGCCUCUGUGUUGCCACGGGCAACAGGUACAUCCUUCAUGACCACAAGAGCGGGACCACGCUUGACCUGUUCCCACACGAGUUGCCCAAGCACGCAGUCCUCAUUAAUGCCAUCGGGAAAGGGGAGUUUCUUCUGCACAGUCCAGGAUCCUUGGGAAUGUUUGUGACGAGAAGCGGGGUGUCCUUGCGCCCACCGGUGCAGUGGCCAGAGGGGGUUCUGGGGGCGGCAGUACACUUCCCCUAUGUGCUGACACUGCACAGAGAGUCUGUGCACAUCUACAGCAUGCUGGACCAGCGGCUCAAGCAGACCAUUCCUCUGCACGGAGGCCGGGGCCUGCUGUCGGCACCAGACGGCGUGUUUGUUUUCACGGAUAAAGAAGUCCAUCGCCUGUUGCCUGUUCCUCUCGAAGAGCAGAUCAAAGCCCUGCUAGGCAGUGAAAGAAUGGAUGAGGCCUUGGAUUUAGCCCAGGGUGCACAGUCACUGUUCCCACAGGGCAUGUACAAGGUGCUACAUAAGAACAUCACGUGCAUGGCUGGAUUUGUGAAAUUCUACCGGGAAUGUUUUUCAGAGGCGAAAGAUCUUUUUAUAAAAGGCAAUUUGGACCCAAGAGAAAUCAUUUGCCUGUUCCCUGAGCUGUACCCACUUGAUGGAGACUACAAACCCCAGCAUGUUCCUGUCUUCAAUGCCAAAGACCUCUGGGUGCUGAGAGAGGACCACGCCACAUUUCAGCGAUACCAGGAGUUCCUGAUUGAUCUCCUGAAAGCAGUGCGGGGGACGGACCUGAGCCGUGGCUGCUGUCAGGAUGUUGAUGGGGCUCUUCUGAAACUUUACGCGCAGAGAGGAGAGGGCGAGGAUCUUACAGAGCUAGUGUCCUCUCCAAAUGACUGUAAUCUCAGUAUGUGUGCGCCUUACUUGGAGCGAUACAAGAGAUUUUUCGCCCUUGGUCUGCUAUAUCAGAGCCACGGUCAAGAUUAUGAUGCGAUUGAGACAUGGGUGAAUAUCGUGGAUGGGGAUUACCAGGAAGGCAUGAAUCCCAGAGUGUACGAGCACAUCGUGAAUUUACUCCGUCUACAGAAACAUGGAGAACUUUUCUGGAAGUUUGCUGAUUGGGGACUGCUGAAAAACCAGGAGGUGGGCGUGAAAAUCUUCACAGAGAGAGAGGAUCCUCUGGGUGAGGAAGAUGUCCUCAGCUUUUUGCAGAAGUACCCCCUUGCCUUGGAGUUGUACCUGGAGCAUAUGGUUCAUGGCCUCAAUAGCAAGAAAGAGAGGCACCAUACGCUCUUGGCCAUGACGUACAUCACACGGGUGCUACAGGUAAUGGAGAAGGGAGACAGCUCAGAAACAACUGCCAGCAGGACCAGGGAGAAACUGCAGCAAUUCCUGCAGGAGUCCAACCUCUAUGACACUGCUGCAGUUCAAGACAGAAUCCAGGCAACCUCCCUUCAUGUGGAGAGAGCCAUUGUGCAUGGAGCUGCUGGAGAGCACCGCGAGGCACUAUACAUUCUGGUCCAUGAUAAGAAAGAUCCCUGCGCCGCCGAAGACUACUGCAGGAGGGCGUCCGUUGGCCAGUGCGAGGAGUUCGGCCACGCCCUCUUCUUCGCCCUGCUCGAGGUCCAUCUCGGAUCGCCCGACCCUGCGGGUGCAGCGGCGGACCUGCUCAACCGCAACGCGGCCGCCUUUGACCCGGUCGCCGUCCUCCGGGCGCUCCCCGGGACCUGGUCCCUGCAGAUGGUGGCCCGGUUCCUGUCCGAAUCUGUGAGGGGGGCGUUCCACCGCAGGAAAAUGGGAAGGGUAGAGAGGAACCUGGCGCAAGUGGAGCAUCUGAGACUGAAGUACAUCAGGACCAUAGUGACUCGUGGGAUGAUUAAAGUAGAGAGAGGGCGGAUCUGCCAGAGAUGUGGGAGGUACCUGACAGAGCCAGAGUUUCUGCGCAGUCUAAAGGGAGAGCUGACCCACACUUACUGCAGCCAAGCAGUGCAAUAA